CUAGUGCGUUCCCUCACUGUCCGUCCACUCCCCAUCUCUCCCCUCAGUCGCCGGCGGCGCUGCGUGCGUUUCCCCCAAAUCCCACCCAAACCCCUUCUCGCAGGCAAUCCGAUUCCGGCACAGACAAGCCGCAAACUUGUCAGUCCCUAUCCGAGCAGGCCUCGAUGUCGAUGCCCAAGGCUCUUUUUAAGCGCGACCCGGCAACUGCUCGCUAGUCGCUACUCGAUUCGUCGCGCAGCUGGAGGCAGCUCUCUCAUGGCCAGGGCCACGGCCAGGAGCAGCCGCGCGAGCGGGGCGGCUCGAUUCCUGCGCCGGCAACUUGCCGACCGGAUGAGCGACCUCUCCGACGAUCUACUCCUCCUCGUCCUCCGCCGCCUCGACACCCGCACGGCGCUCGGCGCCGGCUCGAUCUCCAGGCGCUGGGCGCACCUCCCCCGCGAGCUGUCCGCCUUGGACUUGAAGAUAAGCGACAUACUCCCGCCGCGCUACCACCGAUGGGUCCUCCUACACCGGGACAUCUACGGCAAAGCAGCAGCGCAUCUGCAGUACAGACGCCACGCCGUCAGACUGGAGCUCCUGCCUAACAUCAAGAGGUACGAGCGCCGCGCCAUGCGCGCCUUGAACAGAUCCGUAGAGAGCCUCUUGCAGCAAGGACCUCGCUCUCGCCGGGGGGUCCUCAAGAGGCUGAGUCUCGAGUUCUACACCACCGGCAACGGCUCCUCCAUGAACCGGCUCAUCGCGGAGGCCAUUGAUGCUUGGGGCGUCGAGGACCUCGACGUCAUUGCCAAGCCACUCUACUAUGAAGCAGACGUCGUCCACGCCUUUCCCAGCCAUGGCAUGUGCAAGGAGCCCGGCGCCGCAUCCCUGCGAAGCCUCAAGCUUGGGGGCUGCCUACUCCCGCCGCUGCAUGAGUACGGUGCGCUCACCAUGCUCGUCCUGCGAGACAUUCCGGAAUCGACGCCCCCGGCCGCCUACGAGGGUGUCUUGGCCUCGUGCCCAAAGCUGCAGACCCUGCACCUCAUCUCGUGUAUCUGCAGGAGCGGCUCGGGCGCACUCUUGCCGGUGGAGGUGGACGCCCCCAGUUCAGAGAUCAGAGAGCUUGUCUUUGACAAUUGCAAAUUCCGAUGGAUACGGCUGGGGGCUCUCCCCUGUCUCGAGAGCCUAGCCUGCAUGGGAGGUACACUGGUCUUCUUCGAGUAUAACUUGAUUCCCUCCCUGAGGCAAUACAACUUCGCCCUGCAUCUUGGUGUUGCUCUGGAAGGCGCACGGCAAUACUUUGCGCAGCGGCUGAAGCUAGAGCUUGACAUGUUUCUUCGGUGCACCCCCAACAUAACCAGCCUCAUUGUCCGGUUCACUGGUCCUGACAGAUGGAUCGUGCCGUCUAGCUCCCCGUUGUCGUAUUUGCCUAGCCUGAGGCGGCUGCUGGUCACGGAUGUGCCGUCUUCCUUGGAUGCUUCGUGGCCUCGUCUCUUUCUUGAGAUGACGCCUUCUCUCGAGAUCCUACACAUCAACAUUGCCUCCUGCAAGGACAAGCCUGGUAAAGAAAUUUCAUGGCAGCCCAGCGAGCUUCGGCAGCACCACUUGAAGGAGUUUGUGGUUGCUGGUUUCGAGGGAACCAAAAGGCAGAUUUACCUUGUCAAUUUCGCCGUCGGAGCAUGCACGGCGUUGCGCCGUGUCGCCUUGUUCAGGAACGGGCAUGCGCAGAGAAAGGGGCUCUGGGACUGGGAGAUGGUGACGGAGCCACACUCGUGGACGGACGAGAAGAAGGACUACACGCUGAAGCAGAUCAUGGAUGGGGUUCCUUCCUCACCUGUUCAACUAGUUUUUGGCUGAAUUUUAUCAUGUCUUACAGGCUUCUGGCGUUCCUUAUCCAUAUAUGAUCUCUGGCGGACUUGAUGCUUUGUGUGGGUAUUUUUCAAUAAACUCGAAUAAUUUGAUUAGUUAAGUUCUCCAUGUCCACAGCCUAAGUUUUCCAUGUCCAGCGGCAGCUCUAGGAACAAAUAAGAUGUGGCUAGCUAGGUCUCAUCUAAAUGAGAAUUAACAUCAUCUAACUUUCGGACCAUUUGAUUUUAAGCGGAGAACCGUGAAGAUUUUUUUGUUUUUCU